UGGAGAGACAGGGGCGGGAAUGGAGCGGGGAGUAACCGCGAUCUCUGGCCUUUGAAGGAAGCCUGAUCCUCCUGGGUGGGAGUGAGUGGAAGGCGGGAGGGAGGGGGAGUGUUCGCCGCCGACAAUUCCCGCCUGGAGAAGGAGCAACCCGGCCUGGGCCCCGAGUCUCCCCGCAGCCUCUCCCGGCCGUGCGGGCCGCGGCUCCCGCUCCCGCUGCUCCAGGCCCCGGCGGCCGCCAUGAGGAAGGACGUGAGGAUUCUGCUGGUUGGAGAACCUAAGGUUGGGAAGACAUCUUUGAUUAUGUCUCUGGUCAGUGAAGAGUUUCCUGAAGAGGUUCCUCCACGAGCAGAAGAAAUCACUAUCCCUGCAGAUGUCACUCCAGAGAAGGUCCCCACACACAUAGUAGACUAUUCAGAAGCAGAACAGUCAGAGGAACAACUUCACAAUGAAAUUUCUAAGGCUAACGUGAUCUGCAUAGUGUACGCUGUCAACAGCAGAAAUUCCAUUGACAAGGUAACCAGUAGAUGGAUUCCUCUAAUAAAUGACAGGACUGAUAAAGAUAGCAGAAUGCCCCUCAUACUGGUUGGAAACAAAUCCGAUCUGGUGGAACACAGUAGCAUGGAAGCUAUUCUCCCUAUAAUGAACCAGUAUACAGAGAUAGAGACCUGUGUUGAGUGUUCAGCGAAAAACCUGAAGAAUAUCUCUGAGUUAUUUUACUAUGCACAGAAAGCUGUACUGCACCCCACGGGACCGCUAUACUGCCCAGAAGAGAAAGAGAUGAAACCUGCCUGCAUCAAAGCCCUAACUCGCAUUUUUAAGAUAACGGACCAGGAUAAUGAUGGGAUUCUCAAUGAUGCAGAGCUCAACUUUUUCCAGAGAACCUGCUUCAACACUCCAUUGGCGCCUCAAGCUUUGGAAGAUGUGAAGAAUGUCGUGAGAAAAAACAUGAGUAACGGUGUCGCUGAUAAUGGAUUGACGUUGGAAGGAUUUUUAUUUUUGCAUACACUAUUUAUACAGAGAGGGAGGCAUGAAACCACGUGGACAGUUUUGCGCCGGUUUGGAUAUGAUGAUGACUUGGAACUUACACAUGAAUAUCUAUUUCCAAUAAUAAAGGUUCCUUUGGACUGCACAACCGAACUGAAUCACCAUGCGUAUCUUUUCCUCCAAAGCAUUUUUGACAAACAUGAUUUGGAUCGAGAUUGUGCAUUGUCACCUGAUGAACUAAAAGAUCUGUUCAAAGUGUUCCCCUAUAUGCCUUGGGGUCCUGAUGUCAAUAACACUGUUUGCACCAAUGACAAAGGAUGGGUCACCUAUCAGGGUUACAUUUGUCAGUGGACGCUGACCACAUACCUCGAUGUCCAGCGAUGUUUAGAAUAUUUAGGUUAUCUAGGAUACUCCAUCCUAAGGGAGCAGGAUUCGCAGGCAGCAGCUACCACGGUAACAAGAGAUAAAAAAUUGGAUCUACAGAAAAAACAAACACAAAGAAAUGUGUUUCAGUGCAAUAUUAUUGGCAUGAAAAACUGCGGCAAGACUGGAAUUCUGCAAGGUUUUCUGGGCCGAAACCUAGCAAAACAAAGGCAAAUAAAAGAAGAACACAAAUCACUUUAUGCCAUGAACACAACUUAUGUUUAUGGACAAGAAAAGUAUUUACUGUUACAUGAAGUUUUGUCUGAUUCCGAGUUUAUUACUGCCUCUGAUACCACUUGUGAUGUUGUUUGCCUUGUGUAUGAUGUCAGCAAUCCCAAAUCAUUUGAGUAUUGUACAAGGAUCUUUAAGCAACACUUCAUUGACAGCAAAACGCCAUGUAUUAUUGUAGCUGGAAAGUCAGACCUGCACGAAGCUAAACAAUGCCAUGGCUCUUCCCCCACGGAGUUCUGCAAUAAACACAAAAUGCCGCCGCCCCAGAGUUAUACCUGCAAUACUGUUGGCCCACCGAGCAAAGACUUCUUUGUCAAAGUGACUACCAUAGCCAUGUAUCCCCAUGCCCGAUUACGCUGUUUAUGCACCUGCAACAGGUGUACAUAUUGCAUCUGUCAGAACCUCCUCAACUCAGACUUGCUGCAAUCUGUAAAGACCAAAUUCUACACUACAGUUCUUAACAGGUUUAAAGAUCGAGUAGACGAGGUGGGGGCUUUGCUGUUGGCCAAUGAUGAAGGCAGUCUCGUUCACCAAGUACACGCUGUCAGCUUUGUUGAAGAUUCUAUCUUCAUGGGUUCUUCUGGUGCUGCUCCCAGCUCACAGCCUGAAGACAGACACACCUCACAGGCCGACUUGAAGACUUCAACCUUCUGGCUUCGAGCAAGUCUUGGAGCCACGGUGUUUGCUGUCCUAGGAUUUGCUGUGUACAAAGCAUUACUGAAACAGCGGUGAUCAGCGGGGAGGGGGGGCGUCACUGGGUCACCAUUUUAUAAACAGUUUCAAGAGGCACUAACGAAUAUCCCGAGUGGUUUUUUAAAAUUGUAAUAUGCAAGCCGUUCUUUAAACUGAGGGGCGCAAGAGAACAAAAGUGCUGAAUGGUCAAAAGCUGGUCCGAUAGCAACCACGAUCUUGGAAAGAACGUUUCCUGAACUUGUAAUGACCCUUCUACCAUUUCAGACCCCGCUUCUGUUUUGCCAUGUGGUAAUAACUCCAGAGUACCUUUCAUGCGAGAAUAAUUCAGAUCCGCCAAUAUCAGGUGUCCAAAAGGGAUAUAAUUGUGUAAAUACUGUAAAUAAUGGUGCAGUUCCCAAAUGGAAUUGUCUCCCAGAAUACCCGCUACAGUUAGCCCACUCUAGGUGUAUAGUGCAACAGGUUAAAUGUUACCGAGUGAUUGUUUCAUGUGGAUAUUUAGAUCUUUAUAUCCUCCUGCCUGGUAUUUAAAAUAUUGAGGGAGUUUUAUUUAUUGUUUAGUUAAUAUUUUAAUUUCUAGGAAACACUGAGUGAAGUCACCGAGAGAUUCAUUUCUCAGGGCAUCAUCUUACACAGAAUAGCAAUCAUUGGUUUUUUUCCUUCUCUGAGUGGAGCUGAGUUCAGUCUCACUUCUGCACCAAGUAAAGGAGUUUUGUAUCUGAGAAAAUAGGCAGUGUAUUAUGUCUCUCUCCCCCCCUCCCAGACAUCUCUGUAUCGUUCUUUAAGGCAGGUAAGAAAGUAACGGUAUUUGCACUUGAGGUAACGCGAGUCCUGCCGAUUCCAUAAUCUUAACAUUCAAGUAAGUGAAGGAUGAGUCUUCCUAUUCCUGUAACCUGUGCUUGUCGCAACUCAAGGGCAAUGCAGCUAUUGCUUUGUUAGUGUGUAAUAGUUGCAUGUUUCUCAGUAUCUUUCUUAAGUUAGCUCUAAAAUACCACUGAGCAGUGUUUCUGUUACAAUGAAUUUCGGUUCUUCCUGUAUAAACCAAUAACUGUUGCAUUACAUUGACUUUUUCAAACAAUUUCAAUAAAUAUCUACAUGCUAUAUCUAA